AGGCAGAGCAAAGCCACAGCGCGUUCUCUGCUGGAGUCAAGACAGCCCACAGACCAGAACUUCCACCCCACUAUUUAAAAUUACAUAGGUGGCUUGUCAGAUUCAAUUGAUUAGUACUCUCAGAAGAAAAAGAAGUUCCUUAUUACGGCUUGGAUUCAACGGUCCAAAACAAAAAUGCAGUUGCCAUCAGAGGCACAGAUGAACGAUCCACAACACUGACUUUUAAAAAUCAGGAAAAAGGGCAGCAAGUUUCUGGAUUUACUUUUACCAACCAACAUAAAAAGACGCUGUUGUACAACCUCAUUUCGAAAUGAAGGCUUUUCUCUGGACCCUAGGUGUGUUCUUCAUGCUAAUGGGCACUCAACACUGCAGAGGAGGACAGUUAAAAAUGAAAAAAAUAUCCCAGAGGAGAUACCCUCGUGCAGCAGAUGGUAAAGAGGAAGUAAAGAAAUGUGCGUACACAUUCUUGGUACCUGAACAGAAAAUUACAGGGCCCAUCUGUGUCAACACCAAAGGGCAAGAUGCAGGUACCAUUAAAGACAUGAUCACCAAGAUGGACCUAGAGAACCUGAAGGACGUGCUCUCCAGGCAGAAGCGGGAGAUAGAUGUCCUGCAGCUGGUGGUCGAUGUGGACGGGAACAUUGUGAAUGAAGUGAAGCUGCUGAGGAAAGAGAGCCGUAACAUGAACUCUCGUGUGACUCAACUCUACAUGCAACUCUUACAUGAGAUUAUCCGUAAGAGGGAUAAUUCCCUUGAACUGUCCCAGUUGGAGAACAAAAUCCUCAACAUCACCACAGAAAUGUUGAAGAUGGCCACAAGGUACAAGGAACUAGAGGUGAAAUACGCAUCCUUGACUGAUCUCGUCAAUAAUCAGUCUGUGAUGAUCACUUUGUUGGAGGAACAGUGCUUGAGGCUAUUUUCCCGACAAGACACCCAUGUAUCUCCUCCUCUUGUCCAGGUGGUGCCACAACAUAUUCCCAACAGCCAUCAGUACACUCCUGGUCUGCUGGGAGGCAAUGAGAUACAGAGGGAUCCAGGGUAUCCCCGAGAUUUAAUGCCGCCACCUGAUCUGGCAACUUCUCCCACCAAAAGUCCUUUCAAGGUACCACCAGUAACUUUCAUCAAUGAAGGACCAUUCAAAGACUGUCAACAUGCAAAAGAUGCUGGGCAUUCAGUAAGUGGGAUUUAUAUGAUUAAACCGGAGAGGAGCAGUGGACCAGUGCAGUUAUGGUGUGAGAACAAUUUGGAUCCGGGGGGUUGGACUGUUAUUCAGAAAAGAACAGACGGCUCUGUCAACUUCUUCAGAAACUGGGAAAACUAUAAGAAAGGGUUUGGAAAUAUUGAUGGAGAAUACUGGCUUGGACUGGAAAAUAUCUACAUGCUUAGUAAUCAAGAUAAUUACAAGUUGCUGAUUGAAUUAGAAGACUGGAGUGAUAAAAAAGUCUAUGCAGAAUAUAGCAGCUUUCGUCUGGAACCUGAAAGUGAAUUCUACAGACUCCGUCUGGGAACGUACCAGGGAAAUGCAGGGGAUUCUUUGAUGUGGCAUAACGGCAAACAAUUCACAACACUGGACAGAGAUAAAGACAUGUAUGCGGGAAACUGUGCCCACUUUCAUAAAGGAGGUUGGUGGUACAACGCCUGCGCUCACUCCAACCUAAAUGGAGUGUGGUACAGAGGUGGCCAUUACCGCAGCAAGCACCAAGACGGCAUCUUCUGGGCUGAAUACAGAGGCGGGUCCUACUCCUUGAGAGCAGUUCGGAUGAUGAUCAAGCCAAUUGACUGAGAAAGAACAGUCUCCAAUUUAAGAUGACACAGAACUUUCUAUUUUCUGGUUCUUAAAAAUGUCAGUAUUACAUGUGUAUUAUUUCACACAAUUUUUACUUCUGCAGAUAAAGGGUUUUUUGAAAUGAAUUUUACUAUAACAUAAAAGGAAAUCUAUGAAAUGCUGCUUCAUUUCCCCCCUCAAUGCACUGCACAAGUCAUUUGUGUCCAUGCCCUAGGUAUUCUAAAAAUGAUAUUGACUAAAUUCUGGCAGAGUUUGUCUCUAAAAUGUAAAUAUUUGAUGCAAUGUAAAACAAAUAUUAACUUUAUUUUAAAUCAAAAUUGAACACAUGUUCUGAAUACCUAAUAGUUUAUUUAAAAACUUUUAAGACUGCUUGAACUUCCAAAGGGAAGAUAUUUUUUUAAAAUUUCAACCACGCAGCACAUUUUAUUUAUAAAAUUACAGACAAGAAAUUAGAGAGAAAACUCUAGUUUUGCCAAGAAAAAAAUACACUUUGCAUUGAAUAAAAAUUGUUUCAAGUU